AUGAACAUGAACGAUUCGUUAGAAUGCGCUCUAUGCGAAGAAAGACCAGGCGUUGUUUAUUGCUCUUGUAAAGAGCAAUUCUGCGAAGGAUGCUUCAGUCAAAAGCACCUCAAACGCAGGCCCGAUCAUCGCCGCGGCGGUACGUCUAAGACGGAGAAUUUCUGGACUAGAGUCGUGGGGAGGUUUUCUGGGAAGACGGGGAUAGCCGACAUCGAGUAUCAAGCGAGUGAGUUUCGGGAAGAUCAGCGUGCAAAAUGGUUCGGUCUUCGUAUACUCGAUCAGGGCAACCAUCGAGUGUCUACUAUUGUCGAAACUCCGAGAUAUAGAGAUUUAAUGGAUUAUUCGCUCCAUCACAAUAAAAAUAGCCCCAAGACGCAAUUCCCUAGCAUUACCUCGUUUGUAGGCCUCACCGGGGCCGGGAAAUCCUUACUUAUAAGGACUCUUCUAUACCACGCUCGAGAACCCCAAGAGUCCGAUCUUUUCGAAGCUCCUAUCCCUGGCCAAACUUCCGGAAGUUCAGCUAUGAUAUCAACAACCGGAGAAGUAAACUUAUAUCCCGAACCAUCCUCAUUUGGAACGGAAACGCCAAUAUUCUUUGCCGAUUGUGAAGGGCUUAUGGGAACGGAGCCGGUUGCUGCAAAACAUCAGAACGACUGGGUGACAGCUGCAGGGACACGAAAAUAUGAGAUUAGGAUAACUAUGGACCGUCGAGAUGCAGUGAAGGCACUGUAUCCUCGCCUUCUCUACAUUUUCAGUGACGUUAUAUGUUAUGUGACCAGUGACCACAAAUCUUGGGCGGAUCUGGCAGUUAGGUUGAUGGAAUGGAGUAAAGUUGGUGCUCAAAAUACUAUCAACCAAUGUUCCCUUCCGGCCUUAAUUAUCAUUCUUAAUGCGCCAAAAAUAGAGAAUGAAAACUGGAUUUCCGGUAACUACAACGCCGCCACAGCAGAUUUCUUCCAAGCAGUUGAUGAAGAAAUCAGGGAAAACAAUAUGCUUCGCGAACUUGCUCGCCAGCACGGCGUCAAAACGAUGAGUGAUCUGUUUGCUCGAAGUUUCUCCAGUGUUUAUUUACAUUAUGUUCCAUUGAUGGGAUUGGGACGACUUGGCACAAGCGCAGAAAUCUACAAUUAG